AUGCUAGAUAUUCCAAUUAUAAUCGGGUUAUUGCUAGCAUCGUUUAUUCAUGGAUGCGCAAAAAAGAAGAACAAGAAACGCGUGGAAACAGCUCGAUCAAUAGCUCAAUCACCAAGUUCUUCACCAAAUAUUACACCUCCUCCUGUACCAUCGAAACGAGAGAAAUCGAAAAAAGAAUCGAAAAUUGUUGAAGAAGACACACCUCCACCACCCAUAGAUUUGACACCAGAUAAAUACUUUUCUACAGAAGUUCCAUACGAACCGCUUAGCGAAUGGUUACAGAUUGUGGUGACUCGGGUUAGUUGUGAUAGGCCUAGGGAAUUGGAAUAACUAGCCUGUGAAAAAUUCCUGCUUCGAAUUUCCUUAAAUUUGUUUUCAGUAUAUCGAAUGGGAACUCUUGAUUUUCAACAACGAACCGGAUUGUGAGAAUGUGAGAAAACGAAAAUGGUUCUUGCAAUUCGACAAAAAUCCAACAUUAAAUCGCUACGAAGCACCAAAAUGCUAUGAUUAUUCUAGAGUUGUUCUCAAAAAUCGAAAAAACGAUUAUAUCAACGCCACGUGGAUGUUCUAUGAAAAUGUGAAGAAUAUUCUAACACAAGGCCCACUUUCGAAUACAAUUCCCGAUUUUUGGGCGAUGAUUUGUCAGGAAAACGUGGAAUAUAUUGUGAUGCUUUGCUCAUUUAUUGAGAAAAGUGUGGAGCAAAGUGCACAAUAUUAUCCAUUGGAAGAGGGAGGCGUUGAGAAAUAUGAGGAAUUUGAAGUGAGAUGUGUGAAAAAAGAGAAAGAUCCAGUGGAAGGUGUGACUUGGACGAUUCUAGAAAUCACUGAUUCCGAUGGUAAGACUAAACGAACAGUGAAUCAUAUUCAUGUUUCUUGGUGGCCUGAUAAAACUGCACCAGAAGAUGCGAAAUUGACAAUUGAACUAUAUCGCUGGCUAUCAAAAAAAUCUUCAAAAUUCCCAAAAGUUUAUCAUUGUGACAGUGGACUUGGAAGAUCUGCUUGCUUUUUGGCUGUUGAUAUGUUUCUUAGAAUUUAUCAAUUAUCUUAUGAUGAUAUCCAUCAUUCGAAGACCAAUGAAAGAAUCAAUUUUUAUGUUCGAAAUAUGCGAAAUGGUGCGAUCGAUUCACCGCUUUUACAACUCUUUCUUCUUGUUUGUAUUCUUGAGUUUUGCCAUCAAGAAAAAAAAGGAAUCACUCAAGAAAAACAGGACAACGGGAGUAUAAUAUCGUAUAAAUGGCUUGUUUUUUAUGACGCGUUUGUGAAAGAUUAUCAGAGAUAUCGUGGAAAGCUUAUUGAAGAUCCGAAUGCGAAAAUUGAACUUCCGAAAAGAACCCCGGGAUAA